CUGCGUUGCCAGAGGCGGGCGCCGGCCGGUUGCCCCAGCUCGCCUUUGUCGCCGGCGAGUCGGUGGGCUGGGAGAGGACGCGUGAUUGACAGUUGGCGGGGGGCUGAGGGAGGAGCGCCGCGGCUCAUUGGCUGGCGCGAGCGUGGGAAAGAAUGCGGAGCCGGGUUCACACACCCAGCGCCGGCCCUGCCUUAAAUAGCCGGGCGGCUGGCGGCGCGCGCUCGGUCCCGGAGCGUAGGACCGUCUAGAGAGCGGCUCGGGAAGCCGCGCGCCCCAGCCGGCGGUCGGCCCCAGGCGGCGUCCUCCGCCCGGCACCGGGAGGCGCGGGGGGCGCACCAUGCCUGCAGACACCCCGGGGAAGCCGAGAGCCUCGCCGCUGGCAGGAGCGCCGGCCAGCGCCAGCCGAACCCCGAACGAGCCCCGGAGCGCGGCCGAGCCCCGAAAGUCCUCCAAGCCCGUCAUGGAGAAGCGGCGUCGAGCGCGCAUCAAUGAGAGCCUCGCCCAGCUCAAGACCCUCAUCCUGGACGCCCUCAGGAAAGAGAGUUCCCGCCACUCGAAGCUUGAGAAGGCGGACAUCCUGGAGAUGACCGUGAGGCACCUGCAGAGCCUGCGGCGCGUGCAGGUGACAGCCGCCCUCAGCGCCGACCCCGCGGUCCUGGGCAAAUACCGCGCCGGCUUCAACGAGUGUCUGGCCGAGGUGAACCGAUUCCUGGUCGGCUGUGAGGGCGUCCCGGCCGACGUGCGUUCUCGCUUGCUCGGCCAUCUGGCCGCCUGCCUCGGCCAGCUGGGGCCCCCGCUCCGCCCGGUUCCUCCGUCCCUUGUUGCGGAAGCCCUGGCGCCGGACGUCUACGCGGGCCGACCGCCGCAGCCGGACUUCGACAGCCCCUUCCCCCCGCCGCCGCGCCCCGGGGCGGCCUUCGCGCUGCCGAUCCUGCCGGGCCGGACUGGGGCGCCCCUCGCCGCCGCCGGAGCCGGGGCCGGGCCGCAGGGCCAGGGCGUGCCCUGGAGGCCGUGGCUACGGUGAGGUUUCGGUCCUGGACUGCAGCGGAGGCCGAGCCCGGUUCUAGGGCCGCGGCCUUUGCUGAGAUUGAUCCAGAAGAUAUUCACGUCAGAGACCGCGUGGAGAGUUCUGUUUCGUUGUCUCUGUGAGGAGUCCAGACACGGAGGCCCAGCAGCCGGGGUCAGCUGCUGUCUUUGAAGCCGAUGUCUCUGCACGGGCGGGCGGGGUGGCUUUUCCCCAGGCCGAGCCCUGGGGCCCCGUCCUUCUGCGCCCAUCUGUGCUUGGCAGGUGCGCCGCGCGGGCGUUCACCUCGCGUUGCCUUUGCCUGUAUCUAUCCGCACUGGAGUAGCGACCCCUCUCGAGGUGGGGUGGGGGGAUGUGGGAGAGGUCCUUCAGGAGGGUCAGGCAGGACUGUGACAGUCAUCACUUCUUCCAGAACAUCUUCCAGUGCUGGGUACCAUUUUUUUUUUUAAAGGUACCUUUCCCCACUCCCACCCCUGGAGACUCUGGAGGGUGGAAACAUGUAUUUUCACACUGUUGUCUCAGGGCUAAGCUGUGGUAAGGGGUGACUGUCCCUGAAGUUUCUGUUCUGGCCUGGUCCACCUCUUGGCUGCUCGAGGCUGAGCACGAACCCACCUGUGCCCACCCACAGAUUGAAACUGCCAGUGUCCAGUUCUACUGUGUGCCUUGCUCUGCCUUGAGAGGGAAGCUCCCCUGGCUGUGCCCUCCUGAGCACCUGCUGUGUGUUGGCCCUGCAAUACAGCGAUACUAGGAAUCAACCCGGGAGUCACUGUCCUGCGGUCCCAGGUCUCCCCAGCCUGCUGCUGGCAGCUAUGCUCCAGGAGACACGAGGGAGUGGUCUGAGUCACACAGCUGAGACUGAAUUGUCUCAUCCUGAGCCCUCCUGAGGCUAAGGCAAGAUCUACUUCCCAACCAGAGCCAAGUUCAUCAGAUGGUUGCCUGCUGCCUGCCUGGCCAGGAACCAGCAAGGAGGAGGAGGCUGAGUCACUGCCUGAGGGUGGUCUGCCCUUCCUCCAAUGGCUCCAGCAGCUUCCAGGUCCAUGUUAUGGGCAGGGUUCACCUGUCCUCCUGGACUCAGCCAUGUACCUGUCAGGGCCCUCCAAGUCCCCACCAAGCCAGUGCCCCCCCCCCCAAAGACUCUCUGGCUGCCUGGCCCAUCUCCCUGAGGGUCCAGGGCCUGGACCAGUGGCAGACAUGUGGGCCAGGUGUUGCACCCUAGAACGUACACACAUUCAGCAGUCCAGGCCCUGGGGAGGCUCAGAGUGCUGGGUUACCAGCAGCACAGUGAGGGAGUUACUGCUGGCUGGCUUGGGAGGCCCUCUCCAGCAGGAGAGUUUCAGAGGGUCCAUUUCAGGAGCUGGAAGUUCCACUCCAGAGCAGGAGGGAAGGGCCUGGGGCUUUGGGAUAUGAAGCCUGGUGGGUAGGUAGUGGGUGGUUGGGACCUGCUCAGAGCUGGGCUCCACACGGCCUGCAGGAGUAAUGGGAACUGUGUGGCCAGAGAGAAGGGCUGCCUGGGAAGAUCGCCUGGAAUUGAGACCUCUUACUCUCUCUUCCCAGUCUCUAGCCCCGACCUCCUGUCCCUAUGCCGUGCCUGCCCCUGCACCAUUUCCUUACUUCCUGUUCCUGAUAAUCUAUUCUUUUUGUCUUUUGUCUUUUUGUCUUUUGUUGUUGUUGUUGUUGCUAUUUCUUGGGCCGCUCCCGCGGCAUAUGGAGGUUCCCAGGCUAGGGGUCGAAUCGGAGCUAUAGCCACCGGCCUACGCCAGAGGCACAGCAACACAGGAUCCGAGCCGCGUCUGCAACCUACACCACAGCUCACGGCAACACCGGAUCGUUAACCCACUGAGUAAGGGCAGGGACCGAACCCGCAACCUCAUGGUUCCUAGUUGGAUUCGUUAACCACUGCGCCACGACGGGAACUCCCUGAUAAUCUAUUCUUGAGAUGCUGAGAAGCUAUUACCAAGAGAUCUUUGUGCUGAGGACACUGUUAACUCACCAGGGACCUCUUGGACUCUGAGGGAUCCACGCUGUUCUGGGAUGGGCAGGCCCCCCAUCUCACCCCUUUGUGCCCAGCCCGGGCAUUCUCUCCUUGCUUUCCCACCCGAGGCAGCCACCCUAGGCUCCAAGGGCUCUGGAGGCCAGGGCUGUGUCUGUGUCACUCACUCCUGUCCCCAGCACCUGCUUGGAACAGGAAGAAGCUCAGGCCGUACAGACCUAGUUAAGUAGCUUGGAUAAAAGAGGAGCCAGGAGGUUUGCAGAGGGGUGUCCUUGGUUAGAUUAGGGGAGUCUGAGGAAGCACAGCCCAGGCUGAGGCUGGGUGCCUGUGGUGAUGCAGAGGGCAACAGGGGAGGCCCCAGAGGAGCUGUCUUGGGUCCCCUCUCCUGGCUGCUCCUCAGCAGCUGAGGGCAGCACCCUUGCCUCCAGCUGUGGAAGGAGCCAUGCCCCAUCCCACUCAGCGUGGACACCUGCCCCGGCCACAGCGAGCCAGGGUGGGGUCUCCUCCUCACACUGGGGACUGUUCCUCCUUCCCGCUCUCCCCACUCUUCCACCCAUUUCCCGAUCCUCCCCUGCCUCAGAGGGGGGCUGGGUAAUUCCUCUGUCCCACUCCAUCCUCAGCUAGUAUUGUCUUGGCUUCUGGCUUCUGUCUUGCAGACCUUACCUGCUGGGCGAUAGAGGAAGCACCUUCUCCGGGCCGAGCCCUGUGGAGUGGGUGGGGGAGGAAUCAGGGCUCCCUCCUCCUGUGGGGGAAGUGGCCCUGAAGGCCUGCUGGUCAUUUCCCGUCCACGCAGGCUGAGCCUCAUUCUUCUGUGGCCUCCUUCCAGCCCAGUCCCUGGUGACCAAGGGUCAAUGAAUGUUUACUGAAUUCAGGUGCACAGUCAGGUGCUCUGCCAGCCUCUGUGGGUCCCAGUCCUGUGGAGCCUUGUGAGUCUGGCUCCCUGUGUCUUGCCUGUGGGUCCAGAGCUUGGGGACCAGACAAUGACAGCAAAUUAUAGGUGUUUGAAGUCAGGAGAAAGAAUGGGUCCCCAUGGUGGCAGAAAUCAGCCCGGCCAUGCCCAUGAAACUCCAGUCACUUGGGAAUCUGGGGUGGGCCAGGGCCUGGGGCUGCUUGGAUCCUUGGCUUGUGAGAGGUCAGGCCUUUGCUCACAGCCCCCACCUCCUGCCUCAGAGCCCCUGUGCUCACCUAAUUAUCCCCGGGCUCCAGAAGCCUCCUCCCUUCCUCUGGCAUGCCCUGGCUCCAGGACCUGCUUGCUUUUCCUGGGGAGGAAGCUGUGAUCAGAGGGCUCUGCUCUCUGCUCCAUGGAGCCCUGGGGCCAUGCCCACCCUGGGAUACACUUAUGGGCGAGGAAACAGGCCCUAGGGUUGUUGGCCUCCCAGAAGGCCCCCUGGUAUUCAGCCAGGUGAGUGUACUGAGGUUGGCCCAUGUGUCCUGCAGAAGAUGAGGUUGCGGCGGCUCUAGGUCCACCUUCUUCACUCUGGGGCCGGCCAGCUAUCCUUUGCUAUGGAGGUGCCAAGAAAGUGUGGAGUUUAGAAGCAGAUCCUCCAGCCCUGCUGGGCCUUCAGAUGAGAUUCCAGCUGCUGCUUACACCUGAACGGCAACCUCAUGAGAAGCCCUUAGCCAGAACCAUCCAGUUGAGCAGCUCCUGGACUCCUAGCCUUCAGAAACUUUGUGAGAUAAUAAAUGCUGGUUGUUUAAAUGUUAAAGUGAUAAAGUUUAGAUUGAUUUGUUAUGCAGCUAUAAAUAAGUUUUAUGUAAAACUUAAAAUAAAUAACAAUAGCAAUAAACAACUAAUGUGCCCCAGUCACCCAGG